AUGUCGCGGACACCUCGUGUACGGUUCAGAAAUACCCAAGCCCGCUUCAUCUCCACCGGCAAUGGCUUCCGACCAGUCAAGAUCGCCGGCCGACUCUGUGGGAAAGACGUUGAUAAUUUUAGUCCGAACGAGCCGGUAGUCUUCAAGAAGCGCUUCAGCGACAUGCCAGCAAUUGCGAGAUGGUUCGUACCGUCGAGUAAGGAGAAAGGCUUCCAUGAGCUGAAGCUCUCGUACUUGGAGCAAUAUGGCUCAACGAUUGUGCCGCUAGAGCUAACUCGCCAUCACGCGAACGAUUCAGAUGCCAAGCAACAAUCAACUUUCGAGCGCUUCGAAGCGCCGUUGUCCCUUUUGCUUUCUCAUAUAACAAGCUCAGACAAAUCUUUGGCCCUUUACCUUGCGCAGUGCUCCCUAGCCGACCUACCGUCCGACCUGCAAGCCGACCUUCCAACGCCCAGUCUCGUUUCUCGAAUAGGUCGCGGCGACAUCUACGCGUCAAGCCUGUGGAUGGGACGACCGCCGACCAGAACACCGCUUCAUCGUGAUCCGAACCCGAACCUCUUUGUACAAUUGGCUGGACGCAAGGUUAUCCGACUCAUGAAGCCAGAGGAUGGAAAGGCGGUAUACGAGCGUUCCAGGGUAGGAAGAGGCCAUGCGAAUAUGAGAGGCGAGGAAAUGAUGGCUGGGGAGGAACUGGAAAGACUAGAGAGUGUUGUCUGGCAUAAUGGGAGCGAGGCGAGUGGUUGCGUGGAUGGAAUAGAAGCGACACUUGAGAGCGGCGAUGCACUGUUCGUGCCCUUAGGAUGGUGGCAUGCUGUGCGUGGCAUCGGAAGCGGUGCAAAUGCUUCAGUAAACUGGUGGUUCAGAUGA